AUGCCGCCGACGCGCGAGCACCGCCGGCGUCACAGCCUCUCCCACACCGCGAUGCCGUCGCUACCGCUGCUCAGCCUGCUGCUGCUGCUGCUGCUGCUGGUGGCAGGCGCCGCUAGCCAGGAGGCGGGCUCGUCCGCCCCUAGCAACGCCGCCCCCGAGGAGUCACAGGACUCAGCGGCCUCCGCCUCCUCCGCCUCCGGCUCCGCUUCCUCGUCGCCUCCCGCCUCUCAGCCGCCUACUGCUGCCCCCGAAUCUGCAGAGAGAACGGCGGAACCGAAGUUGGGCGUCGACGAGGAGGAGGCGGACCGCCUGCGCGCUGCGUUUGGCUACGGCGGAGGCGGCGCUGCGGGGGAGACGACGCACGGCGUGGGAUACGGGCACCACCUGCAUCCGUUCUACUACAAUAACAACGAGGAUUCUCUGCUGUACCAGUGCGCGUUGCAAGGUGAAUGGAAGCCCAUCGUGAGCAGCAAGCCGCUGGAGGAGCACUUGUCGACGCACGUGGAGCUGCCCGUUCCCGCCGACCCCCACGUACACCUACCGGCGCUGGGCGACGAAGCGAGUCUGCUGUUUACGCCGCCCCUGCCGCCCCCGCCGCCGCCGCCACCGCUGCUGUCUCUGCCGCCACCGCAGCACCACGUGCACCGACCGCCACCCUUCAGGCCAGGCCCGCGGCCCGGAAAAUUCAGUGGCAGGUUGAGGCGACCGCCCUUCAUCCCGCUGAGAAGGCCUCCUCCAGGAGAGCACAUCCAUCACCAUCAUCCGCCCCCGCACAAGAGACCACCCCCGCUACCGCUGUCCGCCUCGUUCAACGAUGUCGCUGGUGCCGGCCACGUGCUAAGGGACAGCUAUGGCAACGUCAUCAAGGACUCUUACAAAGGUGGCCACUACAAGGAAGGGGGCGGCCACUUCAAGGACGGUUAUCACAAGGAGCCGCACGGACACGUCGUGUUCAAGGACUUGCACUUUAAAGGCGCAGGCGGUGGCGGUGGUGGAGGCGGCGGUGGCGGGGGCUACGGAUUCGGAGGAUCUGGAUUCAAGGACGGGUUCGCUGGUGGCCACAAGUUCAACGGCGUCGGUUUCAAAGAUGGCUUUAGUGGCGGACUACAUUUCAAGGACACACACAUCAAAGACUCGUAUACUGGCUACGGGUUCAAAGACGGGUUUGGGAGUGGUCAGUUAGAUUUCGGGAACACUUUGGGCGAUCUCUCACUAAUUAAAGACGGUUUAGGCAACGGUGGCGGCGGUUUUCAGCAAGACUCGUACUUCAGUGGUGGAGGGGGUGGUGGAUACAGUGACGGAGGACUCAAAGAUACGGCUCUGAAUGAAGAGUUCAACAGUGUGGGAUUGCAAGGCAACUACGAUGGUCAGAUUUUGAAAGACUUGGGUGGAGGAGACGCCGCUUACGGUGGCCAGCUCGGAUUGUCGAUCGACUCUGGUUCCGCUGACGGUCACAACAAUGUCGGUGGUAGUAGCGGCGGCUACAAUGAUUUGAACGCAGUAGAUCCCGCUGUUGCAGGGUUGGUCGACAUAGUACUGAAAGGUGGCGUAGGGAGUGAGGGCAACAUUGAUCCUUCCAGUUACCAGGUGCUCGCGCAGGACGUGGGAGGGGCGUCUGGAGGCUCGUCUGAUAUGUAUGGAAAUGGAGGGGGUGCUACUGUUGGUGUUGCUGUUGGUGGUGGUGGUCACAGCAUUGAAAGCGGGUUCGGCAUCACAUCAGGAGCAGGUGGAGGAUACAGUGGAGGAGGCACUGUGGCGGACACAUACAGCAGUGGAGGAGUUGGUGGCGGUAACGGAAUAGGGUUUAGUAUUGGCGCAUCUGGUGGUGGUGGCUACGGCGCAGGAGGAGCUGUGGCGGAUGCAUUCGGGAGUGCAGGUAUUUCAACUGUCUCGGCUACUGGACACAGUAUCGCAGGUGGUGCGGGAGGCAACGGCUACGGAAACGCAGACAUGUACGGCAGCGGCGGCGGACUGGCAGACAACGUGGUGCUGGUGCAGGACUCAGCCGCUGCCGCCCUGCUCGGCGGCGGAGGGCACGGGGGUGGCGGCCUGUCAGCCGGCGGCCUCGCGGGCAGCGCCCUCACCGUUGGUGGCUUCGGGGGCGGCGGCUACGCUGCAGGUGGACUGGGCCUCGGAGAUGGACACAUCGUGACGUCACACGACGUAUCGGCCCACCACCAGCUGGGGCCGCUCUCCUGCACGGCCUCCAGUCACUACCAGGUGCAAGACCACUCGCUCGCGGACGAGGAGCCGGUGCUGGUGGGCUCUGCGUCCACAGUGCCGCUGGAGGCGGUGGCGCUGCCCCCGGUGCCUUCGCCGUCGCUGCCGCAGGCGCUGCCUCUGGUGGCGCGGAACGGCGCCGGGCCCGACAGCAAGCCGACCGCGGACGUGGAGGCGGCGCCAGCACAGGCCGUCGCGGAUGCUGGAGGGGAGGCGCCUCGAACUUUCCUGACGCCGCCUCCCGCGGGGGCGGCAGCCUGGUCUCGCAGGGCGCGUGCUCCGCCCCCGGGAGCCAACGCUGGCCGCAGUCGGCUCAUCGCAAUGCCUCGCCCCCGAGGCUUCUAGGAACUGUCGGUCAUCCAACUCUGCGCGAAGUACAGUGUCGUGUACAAGCGUGCCAACAGAUGACCAAUCACGAGGCCAAAUCGUAUGGCACGCUUUGUCACUCUAGCCAUCACCUCUUGAGAGAACAGAUAUGUAUCUCGAAUAGCUGGAAGUUGUCAAUCGAACUAACAUCUCUGAGUCGUUUGAAGAUAUCUACAGUCGUUUUAAGACAUCGAAACGAGAUUUUCGGCAAAUGAUAGGAAGAAAAAGGGAAAAUGUUUUUUAUAUACAUUAAUAUUCGGCAUAUUCUUCGUACCACGAUAUUGAACCAAGCACAAGCUUUCUUCUUGAAAGGAACUAUGUGCAAAUACAGUUACGUUGAACAUAUCGGCAACUGCUUCCAUGAAUAACUUUUUUAUUGCUACUAGUUUCGAUCAUAAGCCAUCACUCUCAGGCACAGAAAUCGUCAUUUCAGCAUCACUAUGCUUAAACCCUGAUGAUAUAGGGAUGACCAUUCGAAGUCAACGUAAUACUUUAACGACAAAAUUGUUUAAAAACAGUCAUCCUCAAUAACAUUGUAACCAAAUUAAAAAUUCAUAUUAUGUCAUUUUGUAAUUUCUUGACGACAUGCGACAGUAAAACUAGGAAAGUAGGGCUGUUAAACGUGUCAGUAUGUACACUGAAACCCUCCACAAUGAAAAUUUGCCAUUAUAUGUGACGAAAUUCUGCCAGCAGCCAUAUUAGACUUAAUUUCUAAGGAAGUGAAGCUGUAAAUAAACUGUUGUCUGCAGAUAACAGUCUUACAUUCAGCACAUGUUCCUAUCUAUUUCCGGAAGAAUUUUCAGGGUAAAAAUUAAUGUUCCGUGUCACUACACUGUUAUUUUUCGUAUCCAAUGUCGAUUAGGAAAGUAAAUUCAUCAGAAAAAAAUCGCAUGUGCUGCUGUAUGGUGAUAGAUAAGACAUUUUCGUGUAAUGACGCGUUAGUAAACAUUCACAUCUUUGCCUGCUGUCGUCUUUGUAUACCUCGAGUGAUAUCUUGAACUAACUGUGACGUAUUUAGGGUCUUAUAACUUGAGAAACUUGCGCUAUAUGAAAAUAAUUUAAUUACUUUUGCCUCUUCGAAGUCUUAACUUAUGCCGCAAUAUUGAGUCAGUUACUUAACACUCUCUGCUUUAAAGUGACAGUAUCUAUGCCUGAAUAUGAAUUAGAUACUUCUGUACAGAAUCCUAAGAGAGAAAUGUUUUGAAUUACGUUCAGAGAUUUUGUGUUUGCGCCAGAGUUGGCCUCCUUCUUAUAUCUGCUCUGUACUUCUUACUCUUGAGUCAUCAAUAAUCGUCGUUUACAAAUGUACUUGCCAUUCGCACUGUAUGAAAAUCAAGAUGGCAUAUAUCUUUUAGCUAGUAUUUUACGAAUAUCUAAUGAAUAUGUCCGUGAUUGUGCCAUUAUUUAUAUUACGUGCUGUGAAUGAUAGGAGCAGAUACACUACAGACUUUUUCACUGUGGCAAACUGGAUCAUAGAGUAUUCAAAGCAUAUUUAGCUGAAAUCGUAUUCAUCAUGCGUUCGCAACACAGCUCGCCAGAAAUCACUCUGUACGACAUUUGGCAUUUUAUAAGCGUGUGUUUUUUCCCCCUACAACAUAAGCAGGUUAUUUCGAGACUUGCAGCUGGUACUGAGCAUUAAAUUCAUAACAGCUGUAGCGAUAUUUCUCAGUAAACUGUAUUAAUUCCGUUUGUAAGUCUGCCGUCCGCUGUUUCUUGCCAAAAAUAUAGAAACCUGACGUUUAUUACACUAUGUGGAAGCGCCACCAUAAAAACAAAAUCAUUGCGACAUUGCUUUGUUGUGAUACCUCCAGAUUCUGUGGACCGAGAAGCCACUACUGAGAAGUCACACAGUAUUGAUACAAAAGUGACUGUCAUGUGUCAGCUCAGGAGUUCACGAAGCAGAAGCCUCUGGCGGGAGCUGAAAAGUGCUAAAAGACUGAGAAGAUGAUCCACGAAGCUUUUACGUAGCUUUAUUUAAUCACUAUGGUUAUCCAUGACUUACGACAUUUGUAAAUAUUUGACAGCACAAGUGACAAAUAUCCACAUAAUUUCGUUAGUCCAACUAAAAAAAUAUGACCUAAACUUAAUUUAUUUGAAGCAAGUAUAAUU